AUGUUCGCAGCCGGGCUGGCUCCCUUCUACGCCUCCAACUUCAGCCUCUGGUCGGCCGCUUACUGCUCCUCGGCCGGCCCAGGCGGCUGCUCCUUCCCCUUGGACCCCGCCGCCGUCAAAAAGCCCUCCUUCUGCAUCGCAGACAUUCUGCACGCCGGCGUGGGGGAUCUGGGGGCGGCCCCGGAGGGCCUGGCAGGGGCCUCGGCCGCCGCCCUCACCGCGCACUUGGGCUCGGUUCACCCGCACGCCUCUUUCCAAGCGGCGGCCAGAUCCCCGCUUCGACCCACCCCAGUGGUGGCGCCCUCCGAAGUCCCGGCUGGCUUCCCGCAGCGGCUGUCUCCGCUCUCAGCCGCCUACCACCACCAUCACCCGCAACAACAACAGCAGCAGCAACAGCCGCAGCAGCAACAGCCGCCGCAGCAACAGCCUCCGCCUCCGCCCCGGGCUGGCGCCCUGCAGCCCCCGGCCUCGGGGACGCGAGUGGUUCCGAACCCCCACUACAGUGGCUCUGCCCCGGCCCCCUCCAGCAAAGACCUCAAAUUUGGAAUUGACCGCAUUUUAUCUGCAGAAUUUGACCCAAAAGUCAAAGAAGGCAACACGCUGAGAGAUCUCACUUCCCUGCUAACCGGUGGGCGGCCCGCCGGGGUGCACCUCUCAGGCCUGCAGCCCUCGGCCGGCCAGUUCUUCGCAUCUCUAGAUCCCAUUAACGAGGCUUCUGCCAUCCUGAGUCCCUUAAACUCGAACCCAAGAAAUUCAGUUCAGCAUCAGUUCCAAGACACGUUUCCAGGUCCCUAUGCUGUGCUCACGAAGGACACCAUGCCGCAGACGUACAAAAGGAAGCGUUCAUGGUCGCGCGCUGUGUUCUCCAACCUGCAGAGGAAAGGCCUGGAGAAAAGGUUUGAGAUUCAGAAGUACGUGACCAAGCCGGACCGAAAGCAGCUGGCGGCGAUGCUGGGCCUCACGGACGCACAGGUGAAGGUGUGGUUCCAGAACCGGCGGAUGAAGUGGCGGCACUCCAAGGAGGCCCAGGCCCAAAAGGACAAGGACAAGGAGGCUGGCGAGAAGCCAUCAGGUGGAGCCCCGGCUGCGGAUGGCGAGCAGGACGAGAGGAGCCCCAGCCGCUCUGAAGGCGAGGCUGAGAGCGAGAGCAGCGACUCCGAGUCCCUGGACAUGGCCCCCAGCGACACGGAGCGGACUGAGGGGAGUGAGCGUUCUCUGCACCAAACAACAGUUAUUAAGGCCCCUGUCACUGGCGCUCUCAUUACCGCCAGCAGUGCUGGGAGUGGUGGGAGCAGCGGCGGCGGCGGCAAUAGUUUCAGCUUCAGCAGCGCCAGCAGUCUUAGUAGCAGCAGCACCAGUGCGGGUUGCGCCAGCAGCCUUGGCGGCGGCGGCGCCUUGGAGCUUCUCCCUGCAACACAGCCCACAGCCAGCAGCGCUCCCAAAAGCCCCGAGCCAGCCCAAGGCGCGCUUGGCUGCUUAUAGACUGUACUAGGGCGGAGGGGAUCCGGGCCUUGCGUGCAGCCUCCAAACCAUGGGCUGGGUUUUGUGCUUACUGUAUGUUGGCGACUUGAUAGGGCAGGAGACGCAGCGUGGAGCCUACCUCCCGACAUUCACGCUUCGCCCCACGCUGCUCCGACUGGCUGCAGCGGACACUGCCCAAAGCAGAGGGGAGUCUCAGUGUCCUGCUAGCCAGCCGAACACUUCUCUCCGGGAGCAGGCUGGUUCGACUGUGAGGUGUUUGACUAAACUGUUUCUCUGACUCGCCCCAGAGGUCGUGGCUCAAAGGCACUUAGGACGCCUUAAAUUUGUAAAUAAAAUGUUUACUACGGUUUGUAAA